AUGGUCCAAAUCUACAAUGACUACAUGGCAAGUGCUCUGAGAACAGUAACCACGACCAUCAUCCCACACAUCCCCGUCCCAUACAAACCCGAUCAUUUUCCAGCAAUCACAAGGAUGUCUCGACGGCCUCUCGCCCCACCAACUCGCCAACGAAGGAAACAUAUGCUCCCAGCCGUCUGGAUGCGUGCCGGAACGUCCAAAGGCCUGUUUAUACAUCGUCACGAUCUGCCAAGCAAAGAGGAUGACUGGGCACCCAUCUUGAUAUCGGCCAUGGGAUCAAAGGAUUGCGACUCGAUGCAACUCGAUGGUAUCGGUGGUGCGACGUCAACGACGUCGAAAGUUGCUGUCAUUGCACCUUCGAGGCGACCAGGUGUGGAUGUCGAUUAUACCUUCGCUCAGGUCGCUGUCGGAGCUUCGACGGUGGACAUGAGUGGGAAUUGUGGGAAUAUUGCUUCAGGUGUCGGACCCUUUGCUAUCGAUGAAGGUUUGGUGGAAGUCAAGCCGGGUCAGAGAGAGGUCGAUGUGAGGAUCUUCAACACGAAUACCGGCCGUUCACUCGUAGAAACGCUAGAAGUCGACGAAGACGGUCUCUUCGUUGAAGAAGGCACGUAUACAAUUCCGGGCGUUCAGUCCCCAGGCAGUCGAAUCCGUAUGGCGUUUGAGAGGCCCGCUGGAUCAAAAACUGGGCGCUUGCUACCUACUGGCUCCGCCUCUGAUAUAUUAGAUCUGUGGGUUGGACAGUCGAACCAUCGUGUUCGCAUCAGUGCCGUAGAUGCGGCGAAUCCCUUUGUCUUUGUCGAUGAGGCUACGAUACCACGAGCUUUGCGAUCAAAUCAACCAGGCUCACCAGAAUAUCUCAACUUCAUCGAGACUGUUCGGAGGCAAGGCGCAGUCCACAUGGGCCUAGCCAACAAUGUGGAGGAAGCUGCAUUGGUCAGAGGUACACCAAAAAUUGCCGUCGUCAGCAUGCCGUCCUUACCGCAUAAGACACCCAGCGCAAUGAUUCCGGAUGUCAAGGUGACGGCAUUUAGUAUGGGCAAAGUACACGCAAGUCUGCAGAUGACGGGUGCAGUACCUUUGGCUGUCGCUGCAUGCACAGAAGGCACGAUAGUGCAUGAAAUAGCCGAGCGCGCGGCCAAGCUGAGAUACCCACCUGCAUCGUGUGCGGUCAGCUGUGUUGAUGGCGGCGAGAUGAGAGAGGUGGCUAUUGAGCAUGCGAAGGGGACAAUGCCGGUGGUAGUGGAAACUAACCGAAAGCGCACGGUGGCUAAGGUGACCUUGUCGCGAACAGCGAGACGACUUUUUGAGGGACAAGUAGCCUACUAUAACUGA